AGUGCCUGUCCGAGCUAAGUCGAUUUGGCGGUCUGGCAGCUGCGUUUCGAAACGGUAAACGGUUUAAAGUUUUUUUGCCUCACGUGUUCGUCUUAUUCGUGGUUUUUAUUGUUAAUUAAUUAAGUUUCUGGCGCAUAAUGCUGCUGUUGCACCUGCUGCUCUGGCCAGCACUUAUAGACAGUAUCCCCUCGCCGCCCUCCGCCUCCCAAAAAGCGGAGGUGGCCAAGCUACGCGGCGAACUGGAGAAAGCUCUGGAGGAAGACGGCGGAGCACCCCCGGGUGUGGUGGUGGCACCUGGCUGGACCCAGCAGGCUGGUCGACCGCUCCCUGGUAAGGCCACCAAAGUGGUGGUGGACGACUCGUCGCUGGACAGAGCCGCCGCCAUUCGCCAGGAGAUUCAGCAGGCGGUGGCUCGCCAGGGACAAAACCCGGAAGUACUGCAGCUGGAGGCGCUGCUGAAGGCCAGGGGAAGCACCAAGGAGACCCCGGCUCAUGUGGGCAACAGUCCCCGUGAGGAGCUGCUGGGGGCAGCAGGAGAGGAUCGCAUGAAACUGGAAGCCAAUCUGGUGGAUUCGCGCUUGGCAUCGCAGAACAUCGAUCUGGAGCAACUGCAGCGCUUAGAGCUCUCCAAGAGGCGGACCCGCGACAUGCUCACCCUGGGUCGCAUAGAGGAGCUGCUGAACUUCAGCCUGCCCGCGGGUGUGAAUCACUGGCUGACCCUGCAGGCUAAUGGAAGUGUCUAUCUGGUGGGCCAGCAGAUGGAUGGCUUCCUGGUGCUGACUGGCGAGUUCAACCCUUUGCAGACCUUUGUCCAUCCCUCUCCCGUGGCUGAUUUUCUUGGACUGGAUCGCUGGAACAGCCGGAAUCAUGUGCAGGAGGGACUGCUGGUGGUUGCUUCCCAGGAUCAGCUCAUCUGGCUGCGCUUGGAACCCAGUCUGGGACUGACAGCCUUCUGGCACUGGUCACUGGGCUUGGCUCUGAACAAGAUAAGCGCCUUCAGCCUGGAAGGACGGGAUUUCCUGGCCCUCGUCGGAAACUACACGCUCAGCAUUUACGCCUAUGACCUGGAAGCGGAGGAGUUCUGGAUUGUACAGCGCCUGCAGCUGUCGGAGAUGAUCUCCGACCUAGCUAUUCUCGAUACAGGCAGGGAACUGCUCCUGGCUGUGGGUCAGUGGGAUGAGGCCUUAAUUUACACGUUUAACUCCAAGGGGGAGCCGCUGCAGCUGCGCCAGCGAAUUGGGGCACCCGAAGUGACCGCCAUUACUGCCUUCCAAAUGGGCGGUAGGAGCUAUCUGGCGCUGGGUGGGAUACUGCCCCAGAUUCUGGUAUAUAUGCAGGGCAAACUUAUACCCCGCACCAUACUCGGACAGAACUUUGGACUUGUAGAGUACUUCUUGCCCGUCCCCGUUCGCAGCUAUCGCGAUGACCUGCUCCUGCUCGUCCAGCAUCGAGUUGUCUUCGACCCCCACUCCCUGCUCGUCCUGGAGGUUCUGGUGUGGAACGGGGAUGCUUUCGAGGCGGGCUUGCCACCACUUUGUGGUGUGACCAACACCUAUGGCGCUGCCUGCAUGCUGGAUCAGGAACAGGAAACUGGCAUCCAAGGAGCGGCCCUGCUUCGCCAACUGGAUCAGCCGCCUUUGGUGCUGGUGCCCAGGAAGCAGGCUCCUUCGGGCCUCUUCCGCCUGGAAGCACAACUGCUGGCAAAAAAUUCGGAGACACACGACCUGCAGGAGAUCAGCCAGUUCAUGCAGGAGUGGGUGCACGAGGAGGAGGAGCUCAUUCAACUAAUUGGGGAUCUCUUGAUAGAAGAUGACCAAGAUAGCAAGCACUACGAAGCGGUAUCCACUCCUUUGGUGGUCAGCGAGGGCGGAACCAUCGAGGAACUCUUUGUGAACAAGAUCCGCUGGACGGGUGCGGAUGCUGUCCUGAAUAUGCAUGAUAUGCUGGAGCAGAUUCGCCUGUUGGACCAAGACCUCAGUCCCAAACGAUCGAAGCGCCACCCCGAGGCGCUCUUUAACUUUCACUACGAACAAUUGGAGGUGGAUGCCAUUGAAUCUGCGGAGCUCGACCUAGAUCUCCUUAACCAUGUGCCUUUCUAUAUCCAAAACGCAUCCCUGGAGCUGCCACUGGGAACCCUGAAUGUGCAGCAAUUGGAACUGUUGAAACCUUCUAAGGAGGAGCUUGUUUCAGUCAUGGGCACAGAAUCCCACGAGGCUCUGGAGCUAGCUGGGGAUUUUGACUGCAUCUUUAUUAACGGAAUUCAGUGGGACAAACUGCUUCAAGAACUGGUGUGGCGGCAUCGGUCCCUAAAGAUCUCUCAGUUAAACGUAGAAGGACCAGUCAUCUUCGAGGAUGCACUGUAUGUGAACUCUCUCAACGACCUGAGCUUCCCAGGAGACUUUCUCUGGUCGCAGGAAAAUGAAACAAGUGUUGUCCAGGCGCCCAAGGAGUUUACGCAAACUCUCUCUACCAAUGUCGUGGACACAUCAGGGACCAUUAACGGAGUGAAUCUUCAGGAUGCCAUCACCCUCAGUGAUUCCCAUGACUGGCCGGGGUGGGUCACCUUCUCUCACCUAGAGGUUUCUGAAGAAUUGGCGAUCAACGGCAGUGCCCAGGGACGCCUGUUCGAGGAGGCGCCUUUAAAUCCCACUCUGCUGGAGUCGCGUAUAAUCCAUUCCGACUGCCAUUUCGACCAACUUUUUGUGAAAGGACCUGUACGCAUGCUUGGAAAACUGGAUAACGACAGCUUUGACUCCCUUCUGGGCGAUCUUGUCCAGCGUGCGCCCGACUCUGGCCAGGAACUGUUAAUAGGUGGAGGCAAGCGGCUGGACCAGCUGCUUAUGCCAGUGGAUACCCAUGUGGCAGACAAUGAGCUGAGUGGGAUUCCCCUCACUGACUUUGUGACUAAGCAUACGCCGCAAACUCUUCGAAAUCUUACACAGCUAGGAGGAUAUGUUUACUUCCACCAGCUGGAGAUUGGUAAAGGCUUCUCCUACAAUGGAGUUCGCCUGCACGAGCUUCUUUCCAAUAGUCUGCGACUGAAUGGGUCACCUCCUCUGAUUUCCCCUCUCACUCGUUUUCGGUUUGUUGGGUCUCCUCCUGAACUCACCCGUCUGCUGGUGGAUCACAGUUUGAACCAGCGGCCGCUGUCCAGUGACUACCAGCUGCUCCACGAACCGCUUUAUCUGAACAGAGCCCACUUCAGUCGCCUGGAGGCAGAGCAGGCUGAAGUGGCUCAUGAUGUGACUGGCAGCGGACUCCUCAACGGGCAGAGCCUGGGCAAUCUUCUCCAAAAGCAACCUCGCACGUGGUCUGGCGAAGUGCACGUUCAGGAGUUAAUCCUCCCCCAGGGAGUGCAAGCAAAUCAGCUGCAGGGCAUAAAGGCGAACCUUUUCCUCGAUUUCCUUCAGCAGCUGGACGAGCUGCCACUGCUGAUUCUCCAGGGUCGGCUACAGGUUGAGCGCAUCGCCGUCAGCGGAUCCGUGCAAGUGGCGGAAGCCUUGAACAAAAGAGAUUUUAAUGAAAUUCAACGGCAGGUGGUGUGGUUGGAUAAACCCAACGAACUAAGGACGCGUUGGAUCCUGCGAGAGUCCCCUCAAUUCCAGGGAAACCUGCAACUCCUGGGCAGUUUCAACGAGCGCCUGUUCCCGGAAUUGCUAGAAGACAUCGUGCUGCGCUCCGAGGGGCAAGAGGUGCUAAUCGAGGGCACCAAAAGCUUCCUGGCUCCCGUACACGCAGAGGAACUCCAUUUGGCUGCUGUGAAUGGGAUUCCCUUCGAGCGUUUGGCCAACAAAGUGAAUCCGCUAAACCUCACUCGAAAUGUCCGUGUUCAGGGACGUCUCUUUGUGGAGGAUCUAAGGCUAAAUGGUCAACUGAACGGGGACACAGAUUCGCCCGCUCAACUGGAACGACUGCUCCGCUGGGAUCCGACAUCGCGGACCUUCAUUCAGCGGGGAGCCGUUGAGCUUCCACGCAAGGAGCUGGAGCACCUAGUGGUGCGGGGCCACCUGGGACACCGCUCCCGGGAGCCCCUCCAGGAACUCUUCGAACAGCUGAUCUUCAAGCAGCAGCCCGGGAUUCGUCUACAAGGCCAUAAGACUUUUACGGGCCGAUUUCGCGUCGAACAUGGGGCAUACAUCAAUGUCUUUAACGCCCUGAAUCUGGAGCAGCUCCUGCGAGACCUAGUCUUUGUUGACUCGCAGGAGGAGGUUGUUCUGGAGACACCUGUGCGCUUUGCGGCUGCAGUUAAGAUGGCGCACCUGCAGGCCGAGCGCCUUGUGCUCUCGGGGGAGCUGCUCAAUGGGUGCAAUGUGAGCCAGUGGCUUUGCGACACAAUUCGUGUGGAUAACGACUUUAAAGCGCCCAAAGUCGCCUUCUCGCAAGGAUCACUGGACGGGAAUUCCCUUGACGUGGAGGAGCUUAACCAAGUGGUUUUGUCGCAAGUGGUCACCAGACACACGGAACAACACCUAGGAGAUUCCUUAACGGCACAAGAGCUUUUCCUAGAUGGGCAGCUGGUGGUGCGGGGAAAUGUCAAUGGUCGAAAUUUAUCCGAAGAGUAUGCCAACACUUUAAUGGUGAAUCCUCAUAAGAAGCAGCGCGUGGAGACGCCCCUUUUUAUGUCCGGCAUUAAUGUCGUCGGAUCUUUGAAGGUUACCUCUCCCGUCAAAGGUUUAAACCUGAGCGAUGUGGCCAUUUUGGCUGAAGAUCCUGUGCGCCUGCAGGCGCCGCUGUAUUUGCACACCCUCAAUGCGCCCUUUUUGCGAGCAGAUCAGAACCUGAACGGAUUUGAUUUCAAGGAUUGGCACCAACGAAGCUUAUGGGCGCUGGGCAGGGAGCAGCAGGAGAUCACCGGUAACUGGCGCGUUAAGAAGCUCCGGGUAAAACAGGCAGAUGAGCUGCGCCCGCGUCGGCAGACUGCUGAGGAGAGCUACUGGGAGUUGUGCGAGCGAUUGGCCAGGAUUCUCCUGCCCUAUCAAGUUCAGAAGCUGCGAAAUAGUUUCUCUCUAAGGCAGGAGCAGGAUCAGGCGGAUGUGCGUCGGGUCUUCGCUUUGGAGGCAGAAGGAGGCACCAGUUAUCUGCUGAUAAACGAGCACGGCUGCUGGACGCGCAUCCAUCGCUGGAAUGGAACUGCGUUCGACCGAUCCGGAGCUUUUCAGAGCGGACCUGUAGACGAGGUGGCUGCCUUGGGAGUGGGGAACAAAAGCUCAACCCAGGAGUUCGCCUUCAUGACGAGCUACGAGAUGCCGGAGGAUGAGCACGAGUCCAGCUGGAAUUGCAGCGGAAUGAAGCCCAAUCUCUUAAGCUGGCAGAUUAACCAAAGAAAGGAUACCAAGCAGAUGGAUAUAUCAGCGGACACCUUGAGGAAUCUCAAGGAUCAUUACGAGAAGCUCAAACAUCGGCCAUUUGCGGAUCCCAGUUACCAGCAGGGUAUCAAAUAUCUUAAGAGCCCAACCAUCGAAUCCCAUCUGGGCUCAAAAUGGCAAGAGGAUAAAUAUAAACUGGAUGCCUCGGAGCUGGCCAGGAUUCGUAGACGCCUACUGGAAACCUUAGAGUUUCGGCUGCAGGCGGAGGUGAACAUCACCCAGCUGAGUAUUCCGGAGAGCGAUCUAUUCGACGAGCACUUGGUGGAGGAUUUCCUGGAGCUAAUGCGGCAGUUGCGAGGUCUGCGCCCCCGCCUGAAGACGGACACUCUUCCGCUGCCGGACACUCCGGCCAGAGUUCUGGCCGCACGGACUGCUCAGCUCAUCUGGCCCGUGCUGCAGGAGUUGCGGGGGCUUUCGAAUGGCACCGGCUCUGGGCACCAGGAGAAAGCUCUCGAGCAAACGCUGCUGGAUGUGCUGGGGUUGGCAAACAAUGGAAAUGACUCUGGGGCUGAUGAUAACCUGCAUGCUGUGAUUCAAAGAUUGAGAAGACUGAAGGAUGAGCUCUAUAAGCAUGUUGAGGUGGGCCAGGAAGAACCUGCAGCCUUAUCUUCGGACAAAGAAGAGCAGUUCCUGCCACUUCCAAACGUGGACAUUCGGCCUGUUAAAACCCUCCGCCUGCACGUAGGUCCCACAAACCGGCCCCGGCUCCUCUACGCCCGGCUGACCGUGCUCACACCCACGGAUGGCCCGCCUCCCACCACACCCUCGACUGCCCCAGGCGCCACCAUACAGCUGCAUCAUGCGAACGGGUCGCUCUUUCAAUCGUUGGCCGCAGAGCGUGGAGCUGGCCAUCUGACCACCUUGCGCGUACGGGAUGAGACGCUGCUGUCCUUUGUGGAGGGCUGCUGCUGGGUACGGGUGCUCGCGUACCGUGGAGUGCAGGGUUUCGUGGACUUUGCCCGUUUUCGCGCUCCCCACAUCGACGGUGGGCAUCAAGACGGGGAGGUGCUGCAAUUACUGUCCCUCCGCUUGCCCCUCAAUCGACCACCUGGAGCCAAGUACUUAUUGGCCGUGGUCCAGGCCCGAGGCGUCACAUUCUACGAACUGGUAAUAGCCGGACUACUUGAACCGUGGCUUAAGUGCACAUAGCUGAAAAUCUUUCGGAGGCUCGCCGGAAUUCAGUUUGUAAUUGAAUUCUUCUGUUUAGUGUGAUUCGAAAUGGCUUUUUUGAAAUCUCUCUCUCUUGUUAAAUCUCUCAUUAUUAUACUUUUUUUUCUAGAUGUUAAUGAAAUGUUGGAUUGUUAUUAAUGUUAUUAAACCUAUAUUAAUGUUUACUAAAAAAAA